AUGGCAGCUGCAGGUCCAAAACCCGCUCAAUCAACAACCAAAAAGACUUAUCCUUUUUGGCUUGGUGGAGCGGCAGCAUGUUGUGCGGCAACAAUCACUCAUCCUCUCGAUUUAACAAAAUAUAGAUUACAAACAAUGACUGUCAAAAAAGGAAUGUUUGCAACUAUGGCUUUAAGUGUAAAAGAAGAAGGAGUAAAAAGUUUAUUCCAUGGCUUGACAGCAACUUGGUUACGUCAAGGCAGUUAUUCGAUCACACGUUUUGCUGCUUAUGAGAAAGCUAAAGAUUUCUUUGUUCCAGAUGGUCAGCAAGCAACAUCAAGUCAAUUAUUCUUAUGCUCUGGAGGUGCCGGUUUUGUAGCAGGUAUUGUCGGUGUACCAGCAGAAAUUGUACUCGUUCGUAUGUGCAGUGAUCUAAACAGACCUGCAGACCAACGAUACGGAUACCGCAAUUCCGUUCAAGGACUGGUUCGUAUUGCCAAAGACGAAGGAGCAAGCGUCCUCUUCCGCGGUCUUACGCCUAAUGUUACCCGUAGUGUGGUGAUGAACGUUGGUCAAAUGGGAGGAUAUGAUUUAUUCAAACGUUUAUUAUUAUCUUUGAACAUCUUACCCGAUGGACCUGCAUUACAAACAGCAGCUUCAUUCUGUGCAGGAACGCUAUCCACAACUUUGGUGACACCAGUAGAUGUGAUUAAAAGUCGUAUUCAAAACGCCCGUGGUGCUGAUGCUCAAUUGGGUAUCAUGGGUAUGAUUAGCAAAAGUUUGAAAGCUGAUGGACCAUCUGUUUUGUUCCGCGGUUGGACGCCUGCAUUCUUGCGUUUGCAGCCUCAAACGACGUUGUUGUUCUUGUUCUUUGAACAAUUCAAGGGUAUCAUUGAUAAACAAAGGGAGGCAAAGUUGAAACAAUGAGCAUUGGGUGUCAUUCUUUUGGCCGCCGUCUAUCUCAACAGAGACGUUGAAAGAGCCAAUAAAUAAACAUUGAAUUGUCAAGAGAUCAUCAAAUACAAUCGAAAUCGAUACCUAACAAUUUAUGCUGUUUUACAUUUUGAAGUGUGUCAUGCUAUCCUCCUCUUAAGCGAAAGAAUUUACCAUGUGAUCUGAGCGAGGUUCUUAUAUCCGAUGUUGUACCUAUAUCCGAUAAAUUAAAAAAAGGUCCCACUACACGAUACUGCUCAGGUACCGU